ACCAACUCGCUUGACGAUCAAACAGUCAUCGCGCAUGCGUCAAGCGGCCUAGAAAGACCAGUUGUUAAGUUGUUAGCGUAGCGAAGCGAAAGGCAAAUAUAAACGAAUCGGUAUCAAAAAAGAAAGUGCACAAAAUAUUAAAAGAAAUAUUCACGUGGAAUUUUACUUGUGUGUAAAAUACGAAAAAAGUACAAAUAAGCAAAUUUUAAUUUAGAAUAAAGUGAAGUGAAAAUCACAACAGCAGUUGGGUGUCGAAGAGUUGUAAAAGUUGCAAAUAAGUUGGCUGCUUUACAACGAUUCUGAAAGCAUCGAACAAAUUCUGCAAACUGAAAAAUCUAGAAUUAUUGCAGCCAAAGGGAGAAUAGCGAAAAAUUGCGUUGCAGUUCAACGUACGUGGAUUUAUUUCUCCAAUGCACUUGCUAAGAAGUAGAAAAAAUUAGGAGAGCAUAUAAGCUUUAAUCCACAAAAAUGAGCGCAAUUGUGGGCGCGGCAACGGCGAUAGGUGGCGCGGUUACCGCCGCCACAAGCAAUAGCUGGUUUAUACCGAUGCUCGUAGCGGCCAUAGCUUACUUUCAGUACGAAGAAAUAAUGGAUCCAGAGUCCAGAGCGGAAGAUUUGCCCACCGAUGAAAUACUAGAACGCUAUGAUUUCAUAGUGAUAGGGGCCGGUUCGGCGGGUGCAGUGGUGGCGAAUCGGCUGACUGAGGUGGAGAACUGGAAUGUGUUGCUUUUGGAAGCUGGCGGAGAUGAGACUGAAAUUUCGGAUGUGCCGUUGAUGGCGGGCUAUCUGCAGUUGAGCAAAAUGGACUGGAAGUACAAGACUGAACCGACGGGAAAAUUUUGUUUAGCUAUGAAUAAUGCACGCUGUAAUUGGCCGCGCGGCAAGGUGCUGGGUGGUUCUAGCGUACUGAACUAUAUGCUUUACUUGCGAGGCAGCAAAAUCGACUAUGACAACUGGGAGGCGCUGGGAAAUCCAGGCUGGGGUUAUCGCGAUGCUUUGUAUUACUUCAAAAAGUCUGAGGAUAACACAAAUCCCUACCUGGCCAGCACACCUUAUCACUCCGCUGGCGGUUACUUGACGGUGGGUGAGGCUCCCUAUCAUACUCCAUUGGCGGCUAGUUUCGUUGAAGCUGGCGUAGAAAUGGGGUAUGAAAAUCGCGAUUUAAAUGGCGAGAAACAAGCCGGUUUUAUGAUAGCGCAGGGCACAACACGUCGCGGCAGCCGUUGCAGCAGUGCUAAAGCUUUUCUGCGGCCGGCGCGCUUGCGUUCUAAUUUACACAUAUCGAUGCACUCUCAAGUGACGCGCAUCAUGAUCGACCCUGUAACGAAAUUAGCCUUCGGCGUAGAAUUUGUCAAGGAUCAGCGCAUAUAUCGCAUACGCGCCACAAAAGAGGUAAUCUUAUCUGGUGGAUCCGUUAACUCUCCCCAACUGCUGAUGUUGUCAGGUAUAGGACCACGCAAAGAAUUAGCCAAGCAUCAAAUACCAGUCAUUAAGGAGCUGAGUGUGGGCGAGAACCUGCAGGAUCACAUUGGCCUUGGUGGUCUAACAUUCCUUGUCAAUCAACCGGUUUCCAUUGUGGAGAGUCGCUUUCAUUCCAUGUCGACUGUUCUGCAGUACGCCGUAUUUGGUCAGGGACCACUUACCAUUCUCGGUGGCGUUGAGGGUCUUGCUUUUGUGAACACAAAGUACGCCAAUACCUCAAUAGAUUGGCCCGAUAUUGAGUUUCACUUCGUCUCUGGCUCCACAAAUUCAGAUGGCGGCUCGCAAUUGCGCAAAGCUCACGGUCUCACCGACGCAUUUUAUCGCGCGGUGUUCGAGAAGAUCAACAAUCGGGACGCUUGGAGCAUCAUACCAAUGUUACUGCGCCCACGAAGCAUUGGCUCCAUUAAGCUGCGCAGCAACAAUCCUUUUGACUAUCCAUACAUUUUUCCGAACUACUUGAGUGACGAGCUCGAUACGAAGACACUUAUAGAGGGCGCCAAAAUUGCGGUAGCGCUUUCGCGUACGAAAGCAAUGCAGCGCUUCGGUUCACGCAUUUCAUCGAUCAAAUGGCCCGGCUGUCAACAUUUGCAGAUGUUCACUGAUCCCUAUUGGGAGUGCAUGAUACGCCACUAUACGGUAACUAUUUAUCAUCCGGUGGGCACGUGUAAAAUGGGACCAUAUUGGGAUCCUGAAGCCGUGGUCGAUCCGCAGUUACGUGUAUACGGCAUACGCGGUUUGCGGGUGAUUGAUGCAAGUAUUAUGCCGAAAUUGGUUAGUGCCAACACGAAUGCACCGGUAAUAAUGAUAGCGGAGAAGGGAUCGGACAUGAUUAAGGAAUUCUGGAUCAAAAAUACGAUAAUCUAAUUGGGCAGGGGGAAGUGGAAGGGGGCAAGGUUAAGGUCUGCACUAUUAAGUGUAGAAUAUUACCUUCUAAUAUUAAAGCGUUGAAAUUCUGAAACAUUUUGUAAUUUAUUUAUUUAUUUUCUGUAUUUAAAAAAUCAAUUUUAUGUAAAUAGUGUAAGAAAAAUUGACAUGUUUAGAUAAUAGCACGAUGUAAAAAAAAAA